AUGGACGGCGAUUUUCGAGCUAUUAUUCUUGAACGUUUGAAAAGUAGAAAUGAAGUUUGCGAUCAAUUUUCACCUCUAUUUGCCGCAUAUAAUGAGUUAACAGACUAUGUGGCACAACUAGGUAGUCGAGGGCGUUUAAGAUCGUCAUCAGUUAAUGGAGGAGGUAACGAAACUGAUUCAAAACUACGUGAAGAACUUUCUGAGCUCUAUCGGAAAAAGGAGCAGAAUGACCAACAACUAAUAGAGACAAAUAAUCGUUUGGAAAACCUUCAGAAGAAAUUUGAGGAAUUACAGGCAAAGCAUGAUGCUACGUUGGCCGAACUCGAAGAGGUCAGGAAGAAAUUGAAGGCAUUGAAGGAGGAGAAUAACACCUUGUUUGACUCUAAUAGAAUUUUAAGGGAUGAACACUUAGCUUUACAAGUUACCUAUGACAAUUUGGCUCAGAGGACUCAAGUUGUGGAGCAGGAGAACUUGAAGUUGAUUGAGAAUUUGAAGGAAGCAAAGAAUGAACAAAUUAAACUUUUAAAUGAACAGAAUGAAAGGGAAGAAAGAGAAAGGGAUCGUAUGCGACAGGCAGAAAUAAUUUCGUCCAUUUCAAACUCUCCUCCCUCAUCGGACGAAAAGUAA